AUGGUUGACGAGUUCCAGGCCCUCAUCGACAACGACACCUGGCGCCUCGUCCCGCGGCCAUCCGGUGCCAAUGUCGUGUCAGAGGGGCCGAGCAUCACCUAUCUGCUGCUCUACAUCAACGACAUCAUCCUUACCGUCUCGUCCUUGACUCUUCUUCGGCACAUCAUGGGGCGUCUUCACUCUGAGUUCACCAUGACGGAUCUUGGCGACCUACACCACUUCCUCGGCAUCUCCGUCACGCAUUCCUCCCAAGGUCUAUUCCUGUCUCAGCGACAGUACGCCCUGGAUCUACUUCAACGUGCUGGCAUGGAUAAGUGUCACUCUACAGCGACUCUUGUUGACACUCAUGCUAAGCUUUCGGUGUGCCUCUUCAUGCAUGACCUGUGCAAGCCCCACAUGGCCCUGAUCAAGCGCAUCAUGUGCUAUGUGAAGGGCACGCUCUCCUCCGGGCUUCACAUCGGCACCGGCCAUGUUCAGUCUCUAACUGCCUACUCCGACGCCGACUGGGCUGGCUACCAAGACUCUAGACGCUCCAUCUCUAGCUUCUGCAUCUAUCUCGAUGACAAUCUGGUGUCUUGGUCCUCCAAGCGCUAG